AUGGCAUCAUAUCAGGCUUUACCAUUUGUACGUGAUGAUUUUCGUUGUUCUCUUUGUCGACAAAAAAAUGUUUUUCAUUGUGAACAUGAUACACCAUAUCGUGAUCAAUUAUUAGGUACGUAUGAACUAGAAAAAUCAAAUACUACAAUAACAACGAAUAAUCGAAGAGAUUUUCAACGAACCGGUGCAUCUAAUAAUACUUCACUCAAUAAAAAAAAACAAAAGACAAAUACGAGACGAAAUAUAAAUUCAAAUUCUGGUAUGCGAAAUCAACAGAAUAAAAAACUAAAUAACACAUCAUUAUCGAAUACAAAUACAAAUACAAAUACAAGUGGAAAUACAGUUACAAAUACAAAUACAAAUGGAAAUACAGUUACAAAUACAAAUACACAUACAGAUACAAAUACAAAUACAAGUAGAAAUACAGUUACAAAUACAAAUACGGAUACAAAUAGAAAUACAAAUACGGAUACAAAUAGAAAUAGAAAUACAACUACAACUACAAAUAGAAAUACAAAUACAAAUACAAAUAAUUAUAAAAUGACAAAUGAACAAAAGAAAAAGAAAGGAUGUAUUAUUUUAUAG